GGCAGUGGUGGGCGGGCUAAAUAGUGGGUCUUGAUUUGGUGUGGUCGCGAGUUGAUGACGUCAAGGGCUUUUCGCGGGAGAGAUUCGAAAGUGGAUUUUGUGCAAUGGCCGGGUGAAAUGAGCUGUUUCCCGGGGUUUCUGGGGAGUAAGAGGCGAGAGGCGGUGUCGCUGAUUUUGGCGCGACUGGACGAAGAAGUUUGCUCCGCCAGAAGCGGACGAUAAGGAUACCGUGUGGAACAGGAUUGGCUCACAGCUUGGUCGAACAACUUGCAAUAAUUGGUGCCCCGUCUUCCUCGCCUUCUCCAAUCUCUGCUUUGCAGUUCCCGCAUACAUGUGAGAACCAAAGACGGUUUUGCUGUUUCUUUUUAGGACUGACGAAGGGUCAAUUCUCCAUUGUCAUUUGGUUACACAGGAUUAUGGUGGUAUAAAUAGUUGUAUGACCACUGAUUAUUCUCCGGAGACCUGACUAUAUAUAAUUUCAGAAGAAACAAUGGAAAGCCAGGAAUUUAUUGUCCUAUAUACUCAUCAAAAGAUGAAGAAGUCAAAAGUAUGGCAAGAUGGAAUUCUGAAGAUCACUCACGUAGGAAACAAAGCCAUUUUAUAUGAUGACAAAGGACAGUGUUUGGAGAGUUUAUUUCUUAAGUGCCUUGAGGUGAAACCUGGAGAUGAUUUAGAAAGUGAUCGAUACUUAAUCACAGUUGAGGAGGUUAAAGUUGCUGGAAGCAUAGCUGUUAAACAAGAUAUCAUUAAAGGAGCACCUCCAUUAAAUUCAAAGAGCUUUAUACCUUCUGGCCGGUCCCUUGGGUGUCAACCUGCUGGUUUAAAAAGGAAAUUUACUGGUUUUCAAGGACCACGGCAAGUGCCAAAGAAAAUGGCUAUUACAGAAAAUAGUGAAUCAGCUGCUUCACUUGAGGCUAAGGAAGCUGGUCCUGUUUUUCUUUCUCCAGUCUACAGCACACCUCCUUUGUUUCCUACUGUUGGCAAAAAAGAUAUAAAUUAUAUGCCAACAGACCCUGACAACCAGGACAGAGAGAGAAAUGGCAUAGCUUUUUCUUCGGUUGUCUCUACUCCAUCCUUCAAGAUUAACCCAGAAAUGCUAUGUGAAGAAAAUUAUUUUUGCUCUACUGUCAAUUCUGUAAAUAAGCAUUCAGGUUCUUUACUGACCGAUGAGCUUAUGAAAAGAGAUUGUUUGGUAUCUCACAAUUCAGGAGUUUCACAGAACAUUAGAAGUAAAGCCCAGAUAUUGGCUCUUCUGAAAUCCAAAUCCACUGGUACAUCUAAAGAACCAAAUUCUGAGAUUACAGGACAUUUCCCUCUGAUACAACCACAAGGAAGUUUAAAAAUUCCUGCUAAACUUGAGUGCUUAAUUGAACAGGAAGAACACACUCAGGUGAAGAGCACAGAAAGUUUAUACUGCCAACAUCAAUCAAAAAAUACCAUGAGAAAUAAAAGCCGGUGGGCCAUGUAUUUAUCCUCACAGAGUUCACCUACACAUUCUUCUACAGUAGAUGGAAAUAAUACAGGAAAAAAUCCUGAGGCCGAGGGAGGUAAUAUAAAUUUAAAUUUGAAAGACGCUUUGGUGCAAAAAAGCAUGCGGUUUUUAGAAACAUGUACUGAAGAGGGAAAAAAGUAUAAUGAAGACAAGCCAGUAGUUGAUAAUGAUCAAUCCUGGAAUCAAAAAGUAAAAUUAGAAUUUCCUUCAUUCUGUGAAAGCAGUGCCUUACCAGUUACUUGUGACAACGUAGAAAACGACAGCUUAUUAUCAGAAAAUGACAGCUUAUUAUCAGAAAAUGACAUUCAAGAAAAUAAUAAAAGACUUUUUAAUCAAAAUGACCAGAUGGGCAUAAAAGGAUCAAUUCUCAUUACAGAAAAAGCUCAGGAGAUAACCAUGUAUGGAACCCCAGCUAAGGAGUAUAAACAUCUGCAGAUUGAAUCUUCACUAAGUAACGAUUUUAGGGUCUCUAAUGGCAUUGCUGACAUGUUUUCUAAAAGUAAUGCUGAUAAUGAAAAUCUGAACAGUAUUCAUGAACCACUUGUGGAGAUUACUUUUAAUCUGAACAAUUUUGAAACCAGUGACUCUGAGGAGGAAUCACAGGAAAGCAGCAGAAUUUCCCACGAUUCAGAGGGUUGGGUGAAGGAAACUUUAGUUAAAGACAAUUCAAGCUGUGAGAAUAUAAACUGUGCAGAAGUUGGCAGUGACCAUUUGCCUCUCUUAACGUCUAGUGGGGACAGACUUGCAGAGACAUUUUCCAUGAAAGAGACUCUGCUAUCACAAUUUUGUGAUAAAACUUCUGUAGGUUUUGACACAGGACCUUGGAAAGCUGGAAACACUAGAAAAGAAAUAGAGGAGGAGUACGGUGACACCUCAAACAAUCUUGACUCAUCUUUAGAGUGGACUGAAGAUGCAAAUGUAGGUAGUAAUGAAGGCACUAAUAAAUCUACUCAGGAAGUCACAGUUAACUAUGAUUUUGCUUCUCUCCCAAAUGAAAGUAUAAACACAAAUUUACAUAUCCCUCACUCUUUAAACACAGCCACUAAUCAGGAUCCUGAAAACAAUCCAUGGUCACAACAGGCUCAGCCUCAGCCUUUUAUUAUGGGAACUGACUUACACAAAAAUACUGAACAGGUUUUACCAUUAACUUCUAGCAGUGGCAACGGCACCCAACUAUUAAAUGCCAGUCAGAAUCACUCUGAAGAAUUUCUUGCACUUGAUAAAUCACAUACCCAAGUUUCCAAUUCUUCGUUUUACCCUCUGGGAGUAAAAUAUCCUAUAUCUAAAGACACAGAAUCACAUAUUCUGGAAUCUGAAGAUUUGGGAAGGACUAGAAGUUUACCUCAUGACAAUACUGACAUAGAAACUGCCAGAGAGAGCAAACAGUACUGGAAUACUCCUAAAAAUUCUUCAGAACUUUCUGGAUUAGAAAAUAGCAUUUCCCUAUUAAAAUCAUUGUCUGAACACAGUACUGCUUUAGAAGGCUUGGAAAUAUUGAAAAAGAAACAUACCUCCUUUAAGCAACAAGGAACUCUGCAGACGUAUGAUCCAGAAAGCAGUCCUGAAGCUAGGAAACCAUUGACUACAAUAGUUUCACAAGCUAUACCAAAGUCUCAUCCGAACCAGGAUCCUCAACAGAUGAUAAAAGAAAAUGAAGUUAAACCAAGUGAAUCCCUCACCAAGUUUUUUCCCUUGGGCAGUGAAGAAGAGACUGACUCCCGAGCUCUCAUUCCUAAACAAAUGGAGAGAAAAACCUGUGACCCUAAGCCUGUUGAGUUUCAAGGGCACCAAGUGAAAGGAUCAGCUGCUAGUGCUGUGAUGGUCAGAGGACACAGCUCCCAGUUUGAAUGCAGUCAAUUUCCAGAUAGCGUGUAUGAAAACUGCAUGACAAAUACUUGUUUUUUGACACCUAAGUUGCCUAGCACUUGUAUGCAGAUUGACUUCUUGCAGUUGCCAGAUGAAGAAAACUUGAUAAAAGGAGAUUCCAGCUUUAACACUGAAGACAAUUUUCAAGUGAUAGCUGAGCCUAAUAAGAAUUCAGUUAAAAAUGAUCUAAUGAAAAAGUCUCUGGAGAAUAAGAACCUUCAAAGGCUUUCAUUAGUAAGUAGAAUCCGAGUUCCACUUAUUACUUUGCCAGCUACCAGUGGGUCACCUGACCUAGAUUCUUGUUCGUGUGUGAUCGACUGUGACAGGCAAGAGUCUUCUGAUUCUCCCAUAGUCAACUUGUAUGAAGAGUCAGAGCUUCCUUCUUUCAGCUUUGGAUCUGAGGACCAAAGUGAAACUUCUUUCUCUAAAGAAUCUACUGAAAUGACUCCAAGGGAUAUUUCACUUCUCGAUAAUACAUCUACUCAAAGCAAGUGGCUGAAAUAUCAAAACAUAAUCCAAUGCAAGUUGACUACACCAAACAGACUUGAUCAGAAAGUAACAGAUGGCUUCUUUGCUGAGGCUGUUUCCAGGAUGCAUUUUAGUGACACAGGUGAAAGACAGAGUGAUGCUGUGAAUGAAAGCUUAGACUCUGAGCAUUUGCAAAUGAUAAAAUGCAUGCUUCAACAACAGCGGCAGGAUUUUAGCAGUCAAGAUUUGGUUUCCAGACAGAAAGCACUCUCUUUGAAUUUAAAGCACACUUCUAAGACUGAGGAAAUUAAAAAUGUGUUAGGAGAGUCUGCCUGCUACACCUGCAGUGUAAGAGGAGAUUUACAGGAGAUAAGUGACUGUGAGCUGUGCUUCCCAAGUGGGGAGAAAGUAAAAUCUGCAUAUCUUCCCCAAAGGCAAAUUCACAUACCAGCUGUUUUUCAGUCUCCUGCUCAUUAUAAACAGAUUUUUACAUCUUGUCUCAUAGAACAUCUAAAUAUAUUGCUGUUUGGGUUGGCACAAAGGCUGCACAAAGCUCUUUCAAAAGUUGACAUAUCAUUUUACUCAUCAAACGGAGACAAACGGAAAAAUGUAGAAAAUAAUGUGCCAUCAUGCCAUCAUCAUCACCCUGCAAAACUUGUCAUGGUUAAAAAGGAAGGUCCAAAUAAGGGUCGUCUCUUUUAUGCUUGUGAUGGACCCAAAGCUGACCAAUGUAAAUUUUUCAAGUGGCUUGAUGAAGUGACCCCAGGAUAUUUAACACAGGAAGAAUCACUACCUAGCAUGGUUUUAAGUGAUAUAAAAAGUAUUGGCUUGUACUUAAGAAGUCAAAAGAUACCCCUCUAUGAGGAAUGCCAACUUUUGGUGAGAAAAGGAUUUGAUUUUCAAAGAAAACGGUAUGGUAAACUAAAGAAGUUUACAACUGUAGAUCCUGAAUUUUAUAACGAACCUAAGAGCAGACUUUAUCUUAAGCUGAGUCGUAAGGAAAGUUCAUCUGCUUAUAGUAAAGAUGAUCUUUGGGUGGUUUCAAAAACCCUAGACUUUGAAUUGGAUACUUUUAUUGCAUGUAGUACAUUCUUUGGACCGUCAUCUGUCAAUGAGGUAGAGCUACUACCUUUGAAAGGUUAUUUCCCUUCCAACUGGCCCACUAACACAUUGGUCCAUGCAUUAUUGGUUUGUAAUGCUAGCACGGAGCUGACCACUUUGAAAAAUAUUCAGGACUACUUUAAUCCAGCUACUCUGCCUCUAACACAGAACCUGUUAACAAUGUCUUCAUCAACUAUAGUGAGCAACAAGAGAGUCAAUAAGAGAAAAUUUAUCCCACCAGCCUUCUCAAAUAUCAAUACAAAAUUUGAACUGCUCAGUAUAGGAGCAACGCUGCAGUUAGCUGGUGAGUUAAUUCACACACACAAGUUAAACAAGGAUCAAGCUACAGCCCUAAUUCAGAUAGCGCAAAUGAUGGCAUCACAAGGAAGUGCUGAAGAAGUGAAGGAACUGGGAACUCACACCCUCCCAAUCACGAUCAUACAUGGUGUUUUUGGAGCAGGAAAAAGUUAUUUGCUGGCAGUGGUGAUUUUGUUUUUUGUUCAGCUAUUUGAAAAGAGUGAAGCUCUUGCAGUUGGAAAUGGAAGACCUUGGAAACUUCUGAUUUCUUCUUCUACUAAUGUAGCUGUUGACAGAGUACUUCUUGGGCUUCUUAGUCUUGGGUUUGAAAAGUUUGUCAGAGUUGGGAGUGUCAGGAAGAUUGCCAAGCCAAUUUUACCUUACAGUUUGCAUGCUGGCUCAGAAAAUGAAAAUGAACAAUUAAAAGAACUGCAUACACUCAUGAAGGAAGACCUGACUCCUGUGGAAAGAGUCUAUGUGAGAAAAAGUAUUGAGCAACAUAAACUGGGGACCAAUAAAACCCUGCUGAAGCAGGUUCGAGUAGUUGGAGUUACCUGUGCAGCCUGCCCAUUUCCAUGCAUGAAUGACCUUAAAUUUCCUGUGGUUGUACUGGAUGAGUGUAGCCAAAUAACCGAACCAGCUUCUCUCCUUCCCAUUGCAAGGUUUGAGUGUGAAAAGCUUAUUCUUGUUGGAGAUCCCAAACAGCUUCCUCCUACUAUUCAGGGUUCUGAUGCAGCUCAUGAAAAUGGACUGGAACAAACUCUUUUUGAUCGACUUUGCUUAAUGGGUCACAAGCCAGUUCUUUUGCGAACCCAGUACCGUUGUCACCCUACAAUCAGUGCUAUUGCUAAUGAUCUGUUUUAUGAAGGAAACCUCGUGAAUGGAGUUUCAGAAACAGAGAGGAGCCCUUUAUUGGAAUGGCUUCCAACCCUGUGUUUCUAUAACAUUCAAGGGCUGGAACAGAUCGAAAGAGAUAACAGCUUUCAUAACGUAGCAGAAGCUGCUUUUACACUCAAGCUGAUUCAAUCACUGAUUGUGAGUGGAAUAGCAGGCUCUAUGAUUGGGGUGAUAACAUUAUACAAAUCCCAGAUGUACAAGCUUUGUCACUUACUCACUGCACUGGACUUUGACCAUCCUGGUAAUGUGAAAGCUGUGCAGGUGUCCACAGUAGAUGCUUUUCAGGGCGCUGAAAAGGAGAUCAUCAUUCUGUCCUGUGUGAGGACAAGACAAGUAGGAUUUAUUGAUUCAGAACAAAGAAUGAAUGUUGCAUUGACCAGAGGAAGGAGACAUUUGUUGAUUGUGGGAAAUUUGGCCUGUUUGAGGAAAAAUCGACUAUGGGGGCGUGUGAUCCAACACUGUGAAGGCAGGGAAGAUGGAUUGCAACAUGCAAGCCAAUAUGAACCACAGCUCAACCAUCUCCUUAAAGAUUAUUUUGAAAAACAAGCAGAAGAAAAACAAAAGAAAAAGAAUGAAAAAGAUAAAUCCAAAGAUAAAUCUCAUUUACAAAAAGAAACAGUAUAGUUUGUAUUUAUAUAAAUUCAAAUUAAUUUUAUGCUAUACAUUUUUAUUACCCCCAAACCCUUGCUACUGGGAAAAAAAAAAAGUUAAACAUAUAUAAAAUUUGCUCUCCAAAAAAACUAUGAUUACCUAUAUUAAGAUAGAUGUAGAAGGUAAUAUAAAAUCUCAGUAAUAAAAGUUAAUUUUCUUCUGGA